CAUUUUUGGCAUCCAGACAUGGGGCUUGAGGAAGGAGUCUCAUCCUGUCACCCAGGCUGGAGUGCAGGAAACUCAGGUGCCUUUCAUAAAAAGCUUCGGACUCUAACCCAGCUUCAGAGAGUACACUCAGAAUCACAAGAAUCAAAACGUAUCCUCACCCUGCUUCAACAGACUGCCAUCUGGAACACUGGCUCAAGAGUUAGGCUUACCAAUGGAUUCCUGAUCAGUCAGCCAAGAGUGAAGACAAAGGUUUCAAAGGGAGAAAAAAAAUGACGUUAGCAUGGGCCACGAGGAGGUAACGUCAGCGGGAAAGCCAGCAGCAACGGCAAAAGCAACGGUAGUUGUAACGGUAGCGGUGACGUCAGCGGUAACGGCAACGGUGACGGCAACGGUAGCGGUACCGGUAGCGGUAACGGUGGCGGUAGCGGAGGCGGCAACCAUCGUGACGUCAUACACAGCGCCCUUUGUGACGCCAGGGCCCUGGUGCUUUAACUAGGGCCUUGGGACCUGUUGCCCAGGCAGACGGCGCUGCAGUUUCAGACUGGAGGGCGGCGGACGGCUGCUCAGCGGCCCAACUCUCUCGCAGCCCUUCUCUCCGCGAGAUGUCAGCCUCUACGUCCUCGCACCGGCCCAUCAAGGGGAUCCUGAAAAACAAAAGCUCGUCGGGUUCCUCGGUGGCGACUUCCGGUCAGCAGUCUGGAGGGAAUAUUCAAGACGUGAAGAGAAAGAAAUCCCAGAAGUGGGACGAAUCAAGCAUCCUUGCGACUCACUGCGCAACGUACAGAGAUUACGAUUUAAUGAAGGCAAAUGAGCCCGGCACUUCCUACAUGAAUGUGCAAGAAAAUGAGGAAGAUUCAGUGCGCGAUGUCGAAGGAGAAGAUUCAGUGCGUGGUGUCGAAGGAAAGGAAGCCAUGGCCGCCCCUGAUGCUAUGGACCACAGCUGUGAGGUGAAGGAGCAAGAGAGCAACGAGGCCUACAUGAGAAAAAUCCUCCUCCAGAAACAGGAGAAAAAGCGGCAGUUCGAAAUAAGAAGAAGGCUUCACUACAACGAAGAAUUGAACAUCAAAUUAGCUAGACAAUUAAUGUGGAACGACCUACAAAGUGAAGACGAUGAAAACGAAGAAAGGCCACAAGCCAAGAAUGAAGAGAAGACUGCUGCGGAAGAAUCAGAGGAAGCUCCUCUAAGCGGUGGACUGCAGAUCCAGUCAUGCGACCCUUAGAAAAUACUGGCUUCACCCUUGCAAUUGUUUGUGAAUAUGCAACGCUUAGAAGAUAUCUGCUUCACCGUUGCAAUUGUUUGUGAAAUACAAACCUUGUUACUGUAA